GUCCAAAUUUAAACUAUGCAGUAGGUGCAAUAGAAAGAGAAGAAAAAAACUUGAUCGAUGCUGUGCAGGGGUGGAUUUGGUGGUGGCCGAUGCGUUGCCGAUAUGCCGAUGCGUGUAAGACGAGAAGCUACGCCGGAAAAGUCCAAACUUGUAUCAAAUAGCUUGAAACUUUCUAGAAAGGUCUCCUAUUGUUUUCCAAAGAUGUGUAAAAUAAAAUAAUAAUUUUUGGAUCAUGUUAUGCUGUAAGAGUUGGGGAUAUUGUCGUUGUUGCGAUGUCAGAGGCAGCCAAUGCUCUGCCCUAUAGCCCACCGCAAGCCACCGGAAAACAUAUCGGAAAAAGCCCAGUCACACUGGGGGCUGUGUAUCGGUGCAAUCUCAGUCGUCCCGAGGCAUUUGGAGUGGUCUCUUGACGUCAGAUAUUGAUUUGCACGCCUGGUUCGUGCGUGAUGCGAUCGCGGUCGGCCACAUGCAACGAUAUCCGGUUUCUUGGCAGCGAUUAUUGUUUGACUAGACCCAAUAGCAGCUAUAGCGUUACUAGUGCUGGCCAUUCGACAAAUUCCCACGGAACUCGGCAGUGUAGUGGCGGUGGUCUCUCGCACUCGCAUUCUCACUAAGCAAACCUACACACGGCCUGUCCGCGCUGAAGAUCGUCACCACUGCCGCUGAAGCCUCAUAGCCUCUUUUCCAGUAAAUGACGUUCCAGUAAACGAUACUCAUCCAUUUGCCGUUCCAUCGGGCGCUGUCUUUAACUGUUGAAUGCGCUGACUAAUUGCUUUCGCCGCGAUGCAUACUACGCCUUGUAUGAAAACUCGGCAUAUCAGGCUGGCGCAAGUUAUAUUAGUACAUACUGCUUCUGGCGACGCCAUUUGAUAAUCAAUCAUGAGAAAAACAGAGGUGUUUUGUGGCUGGCUGGCGUCUGCUGAGAUCAAUAUGGCGUAUGUCUUGCAUACUUGGGCAGUUAGCACCAGUAUUUGCCGACAGUAUCAAGUGCGGUAUACUUGUUACAGAAUAGUGUUGAACAAAAGCCAUUUCCAUCAGCUGGACCUUUUGACUAAUGGCACUGGUUGCCUGCAGGUUGAUAAAGAUCGUCAUUCGCAGUAGAGCACCGCCACAAGGCUGGCCUGUUACUGUCCAUCACAGAGCAGCCCCUCAUCCUUGUUCCUUGUUCUUUGUAGUUUAGCGUCGUUUCUCUCCCCUAGGGGUCCAACUGGUGCUUCUCCUGUCUCUGCCCCUAGAACAGUGCUAGCGCGUCCAACGGCACGGAAGCCCGGCGCUCUCCACCACCCUUUUGUCGCCGACCGGUGGCUUUUACUUUCCUCUGGUGUAAUGACAGGAGUAAGAAAGACGCAAGCAAAUCCCUGGCUGGGAUACUGUAGUCCCUUGUCGGAAUGUCAGCGGGCGCCAAAACACCAUAACCAACAUCUCUCCUUUGACAUCGUCACCAUCAUCAGAUGAAAUUCCCCCUUUUUGUCUUCCGGCCAAUUCACCGACCACCCACCUAUCGAUAGCAGCGUUGCCUUUUUGCAAGUCUCCCUUUCUAGCGCCUUCGUUGGUGGAGAAUUCUUCGCGGGACAAGGUGAAAAAAUCUCGACGCCUGAACCCGCUGUAAACCGACACUUUGAUUUGUAAUUUGUAAGCAACACCAGCAAACCCCAAACUUUUUUUGUCCCAUGUGCCUAUGAUGUAGCCGUUGAGAUUGGUAUUGCGUGCUUGCUUGUUAAUGCUGGGUUUUCUCUAUAAAUCCAAUUAUCCCCCAGUCUCUUUUCUGUAGAUUAUAUCCCACCAUAUUAUCCCAUCUACUCUCUUUCUGUCUUUCUGUCUUUCUUUUCCUUUUAGUUUAUACUUCAUAGUAAUCCUACACAAUGACAGUCUCGGAAUCCAAGCUCUGGGAGCCUCUCCAGCUCGGCGCCAUCAAGCUGUCGCACCGCGUCGCCAUGGCGCCGCUCACACGGUACCGCAACGACGACAACAACGUCCCGCUCGAGAUGAUGACCAAGUACUACGCCGACCGCGCCUGCGUGCCCGGCACCCUCAUCAUCACCGAGGCCACGGGCGUCUCCCCCACCGCCGAAGGCGAGCAGAAUCUUCCUGGUGUCGGCACCGCCGCCCAGAUGGCCGAGUGGAAGAAGAUCUACGCCGCCAUCCACGCCAACAAGGGCUUCGUCUUCCAGCAGCUCUGGGACCUCGGCCGCGGCAGCGAGCCCGACUGGCAGAAGAAGAACGGCUUCAAGUACUACUCGUCCGGCAACAUCAAGGUCAAGGGCCAGGACGUUGCCCCCGAGGCCAUGACCGAGGAGGACAUUCUCCAGCGCAUCGCCGACUUCCGCCAGGCCGCCCGCAAUGUCAUUGAUGCCGGCGGCGACGGCGUCGAGGUCCACGGCGCCCACGGAUACCUUGUUGACCAGUUCACCCGCGAUAGCUGCAACAACCGCACCGACCGCUGGGGCGGCUCGGUCGAGAACCGCAACCGCUUCCUGCUCGAGAUCGUCAAGGCUGUAUCUGAGGAGAUUGGUGCUGACCGUGUUGGUCUGCGUCUUAGCCCCUUUGGCACAUACCAGGACUGUUACUCCGACUCCACGGAUACCUGGGAGCAGACGGGCGCCGUGCUCAAGAGCUUGAAGGAGGGCGGCUUCAAGCUCGCCUAUGUCUCGUGGGUUGAGCCGCGCUUCGACCCGUCGCUGUACGGCAAGACGCCUCCCCCUGGCCACCCGAACCCGUUUGGCGAUCGCAAGCAGAGCAUCCUGACGUUCCUGGAGCAGUGGCAGAACUACACGCCGUUUAUCGUUGCCGGCGGCUAUACGGCCGACAAUGCCGCCGAGGCUCUUGACGAAAAGUACAAGGGCUACGACGUCGGCAUUGCGUUUGGCCGCUACUACGUUGCCAACCCGGACCUCGUCUUUCGUGUGAAGAACAAGGUGCCGUUUACACCAUACAACCGACCUACGUUCUUUAUCCCCAAGAGCGUGGAGGGUUACAAUGAUUACCCUUUUAGCAAGGAGGCGUUGGAGGCGGGUGUUGUCCCGUACGGAUCCGAGUAAGAGGAUCAACUAAAAGUUUUAAUGAUAAUGAAGGGCCGGAGGCAUAUACAUGAAACGAAAACGGCGCAUUGGCAUUUGAUACCAACCGGGAAGGAAUAUAUAAGACAAAAAGCAAGAAGACGAUAAAAUGUAUGCAUAGAAAUAAAUGGCAUUUUAUAAAAAAGGGCCCAUGAUAUAGAAGUCGUGUACUUGUAGUGACAUGGGAUUUGCUGUAGGGUACUGCUCUGUAAGAGGGGAGUUGCUCACCUACAAACAUCAUACAACAUAUACAACACAUGCACUCACCAAAUAAUAAUAAAUCAAAAAGGUACAAUCUCUUAC